GCGCGGUAGAUCAGUUGCAGCGUAAACAAGCAACGAAGUCGAUCUUAUAAAAAAAAGUGUAAACAAAUUUUAAAAUAUUUUCAAUAUCUUUGUAGAGUUAAAAUACGUAAUUGAUUUACUUAAAACCACAAAACCAAAACAAAAAUCAGAAAUGAGCGCGAAAAGUCGUUGCUGUGUGGUUGGUGCCGGGGCAGCAGGCCUAUGCGCGCUCAAAUAUGCUCGCGAAUAUGGCAUGGAUACUGUGGCGUAUGAGAAAUGUAAUGAAAUCGGCGGUACCUGGGUAUAUACAGAACAAGGGGUGAAUGAAUGUGCUGCGGCGGCGGAAGAAGUGCACAGCAGUAUGUACGCGGGACUGCGCACAAAUCUGCCAAAGGAGGUAAUGGAUUUUCCUGAUUUUAAAUAUCCUGCUACCAUGCGCGAAUCCUACAUAUUGGCUAGUGAUGUAUUGAAAUACUUUCAAGCGUACGCUCAACAUUUUAAUUUACUGCCCCACAUCAGGUUGCAACAGGAAGUGAUACGUGUGCGGCCAUUACACGGCCAAUGGGAGGUUUUAACGCUCGACUUAAAUAGUGGCAUCUACGCAAAAGAACAGUUCGAUUACAUUUUCAUUUGCAAUGGCCGAUAUGCUACGCCUUGUUAUCCCAAAACUGCGGGCAUCGAACUAUAUAAAGGCCAUAAAAUGCAUAGCCAUGUCUUUCGCAAGGCGGAUACAUUCAAAGAUGCAACUGUACUCAUGGUAGGUGCCGGCCGCAGUGGCAUGGACAUCACCCAUCACAUUUAUCCUUACGCCAAACGCGUUUACCUUAGUCAUCAUUUGCAAGAGAAGCCACCCAUCACAGAUUUCAUGCCAAAUGUUGUUCAAAAGCCAGUUGUGGUACGAUACACUGAAAAUGGCGCCAUUUUCAAAGAUGGCACUCAAGCUAAUUUCGCCCACAUCAUCUUCUGCACGGGCUAUAGUUUAACAAUUCCCUUCCUAAGCGCCGAUUGUAAUCUACAUGUGCAUGACAAUUUCGUAUAUCCGCUCUAUAAGCACUGCAUCAACAUUAAUCAUCCCACGAUGUGCUUCAUCGGAUUACCAAUUUAUGCCUAUCCGAUACAACUUUUCGAUAUGCAGAUGCGUUUUGUGAUGCAGUACUACAGCAGAAAAUUGCAGCUGCCCAGCGCAGAGGAUAUGCUAGUCGAUACGGAGCAUGAUUUGGAAGAGCGGAGAGCACGCGGAUUGCCGCGUAGAAAGGCUCAUGUGGUGGGCGAACGACAGUUCGAUUACUAUGAUGAACUGGCGGCACUGACUGGCAUCGACAACGUCAGACCAGUUAUAAAGAAGCUCUCGAAAAGUUGUGGCGGCAAGUUUCUCUACGACUUACAAAAUUAUCGUAAAACAGCUUUUAAGGUUAUAGAUGACCACAGCUUCGUGCAAUUCAAACUGGGAGAAGUAUGAAGGAGAAAGGAAGGUUGGCUACAGCGAUUGUACUGUAGGCAGUCUAAUUAAUGGAUGAUAUUUUAUAAACUUAGGUUAAGCAAGUUUACAAUGAAAAAAAACUAAUUUUAGUGCUUAUUUGUAAAUUUUGAAGUUUCUUUUUUUUACAAUAAAACAAAAUAACUGUGCAGAAGAAACAGCAAAACCUCUA